CCUGCUUCUCUCUCUCUCUCUCUCUCUUUCGCUCGCUCUCUCUCCCUCGCGCUCUGCUGUUGCUGCCCUUUGAUCCCUGCAUUAGUGUUAGUUAGGGGCUCGAGACACACACACACUCACCGAGAGAGAGGGAGAGAGAGGAGAGAAGAGCGGCUGUAGCAGGCAAGACACGGCGACUACAACAACAGCACCUCCUCCUGCUGUACCGCUCCCAACACACACACAUUCACACACACACACACACGGAGCGGAGCGAAGACGGCCAGGUGCACGCGGCGAGUCCCCCCGCCAUCGAGCUCGCGCCCGCGCCACAUUUCCAUGGCGAAGGAGCUUUCCGCUUGUCGCGCCUGAGAGAGAGAGAGCGAGACGGAGAAGAAGAAGAAGAAUGUAAGAGAAAAAGAAGAAGAACAAGCAGAAGAAGAAGAAGAAGGGUUUGUUUUUAUUUUUGUUUUUAAAAAUGCCCAGGAGGAAACAGGAGCAGCCGAAGCGCCUUCCUUCGCAUGCAGAGCCAUCCGAGGACGGGGCGCUAGCGGGCAGCUCGGCGGUGGAGGACGGCUGGUUUGGGAACAAUUCCGACAGCCCUUCAACAUCAUCCUACGGCGAUGUGCAGGACGACCCGCGGGUGUCUCCGGGGGACGGGGCACGGCCGGACCGCGCCGCCUCGGCCCGGAGCCCGUCGGGCUGUGCUACGCCUAAUCAGCGAGUGUCACUGGAGCUUCUGGGGCUUGACGCGCGGACCUUGUCCUCGCAGGACAUGUCCCUGGUAUCCUCUGUCUCGCUGUCAUCCAUGGUAUCAUCGCUGUACGGCGACUCGGCCCACGGGCUCUCCAAACCGCUUAGCAGCAACCUGCGCAGACUUCUGGAGUCCGGCUCGGUAAAGAUAGAAUCAGGAGAGUUGAUCGGGCGAGGUCUGGGCAGAGGGACGGAGUCUCCGCCUGCAGGCCUGGCGCUGUCUCCGUCCUCACAUCAUGCCCAGCAGUUGAGUGCCCUCGCACGCAGACUUGCCAACAGCAGUAACAACGGCGUUAGCUCUGCCUCCACUUCACCCGCCUCGGUGCCCAUGGUAAAACAGGAGCCAGGAGACCCUUUUGGACCAGCGGAGCCCGCCAGCUCGGGCAACACCAGCUUCGUUUGGGUCGGAAUGGGUGACAAAUGGCCUCCAACUGGAAGCCUGUCUCCCGACUCGGCCAUCCAGAAACUAAAAGCAGCAGCCAAUGCUGUUCUCCAGGACAAGAACUCCACCUCUUUAUCCUCCUCCUCGUCCUCCUCUUCAGUCACCUCCUCCUCUUCCUCAUCCUCGUCUUCUUCCUCCGUGCCGCCACUCGGAGGGCGUUCGGACGACCCGGCGCGCUUCGACUCCUUCGCGUCGCCCUUUAGCUCGCAGUCUGCCAGCUCCACGCUCGCCGCACUCUCCAAGAAAGUGUCAGAGCGAAGCCAGCAGCAGCAACAGCCGCCACCUCAGCAGCAGCAGCAGCAGCAGCAGCCGUCGGCCGCCCCCUUUCUGUCUCUCGUCUCCAUGACCUCAUCUGCAGCGCUGCUUAAAGAAGUGGCAGCUCGGGCCGCCGGCAACAUGCUGGCUGAUAAAAAGGAGCCGCAGCUGGCGACGGCCAACGCCGAGGACUCCAAAGCGCAGUUAGACAGGAACCACAAGGCCCCAACGCCCAACCAGAACAUGGAGCUUCUGCUGCCCACCGCCCCCAAGGGACGCACCAAGCCCAGCAGCCAAGCAGGUUCACCGGAGGACAGUGGGAAACCCUUCCAGUGCCCCGUGUGCGGCCUGGUCAUCAAACGCAAGAGCUACUGGAAGAGACACAUGGUGAUCCACACGGGUUUAAAAAGCCACCAGUGUCCUCUGUGUCCCUUCCGCUGCGCUCGCAAAGACAAUCUCAAGUCGCACAUGAAGGUGCACCAGCACCAGGAUCGGGGCGAGACCUUCCAGUGCGAGCUGUGUCCCUUCACCUCGUCGCGGCACUUCAGCUUGAAGCUGCACAUGCGCUGUCACCAGCACUUUCCCCGGACCGAGCUCAAGGUCAAGGAGGAGUCGUUCACCGACGCGGAGGAAGCCGAGGCGGAGCGGGCGUCGGGCACGGGCACCUCGCCGUCUCCGUCUCUGUGCCAGGCCCCGGGCGAACCCUCCUCCAAUCACGCACACAUCAAAGAGGAGCCUCAGGACGUCGCCCUGACGCCGCCUUUCCCACCAGGCAGAGAGCGACCGGGUAGCAGCAGCAGCUCACUGGAUCUGCCCAGGAUCAGCGCUAGUCCACCCGGCCCGGGCCCGGGCACCCCGGCCGCAUCGCUCUUCAGCCCCGACAUCAGCACCAAGACGGCCACCGACCUUCUCAUGAAGCUCUCUGCGGCGAACCAGAAGGAGGCGCUAAAGAGUGGGUUCUGCGUGAAGGAGGAGCCCGAGGCGGAGGAAGCACUAAGUCCGACAAGAUGUCCGCCGUUCACCCUGGGCCACGAUGCCCCCGCGGUGCCCGGCAGGCCGCGCCAAGAUGGUAGCAUCCUCAGCCAUGACAUCAACGUCAAAGUGGCGUCCGAACUGCUCAUGAAACUCUCUGAGAACAGCAAAGACACCUGCCUCCAGAAAGUGACGGUAAAGGCGGAGCCAAUGGAGGUGGACCCACCCUCGGAAGUGGCUCCGCCCCCUUCUCACCUGCUAGGCUUCAGCACUUUAGGGGCAUGCGAGAAGAAGGAGCCGAUGGCCAGCCUUCCGGAGCCUCUGCCCCGCCCCAACAAAGACCUCUUCUCCCAGGACAUAUCGGUCAAAAUGGCCUCCGAGCUGCUCUUCAAACUGUCUGAAAAAGUAAGCAAAGCUAACGAAAACAAAGACAGCGCAUCUUUCGGCAUGACCAGCCCUUUUCUGGACGACCGCUUUAGACAAUCGCCCUUCAGCACGCGCUCCAAGAGCUCCUCCCCGGCCGAGGCCAGCUCAUCCGCCCGAGCCUCCCAACAGCAAGAUUCAGAGAAACUGUUGUGCGAGACAGGAAACGGCCUGCCGCAGUGGAGACUCAACGAGCAGCUCUUCCCAUGUCCGGUGUGCGGCAAAGUCUUCGGCCGCCAGCAAACUCUCUCCAGACACCUUUCCUUACACACAGAGGAGAGGAAGUAUAAGUGUCACCUGUGCCCAUAUGCGGCGAAGUGCCGCGCCAACCUGAACCAGCACCUCACCAUUCACUCGGUCAAACUGGUAAGCACGGACGCCGAGCACAUCGUUAACUCGGUCACCAACGAAGGAGGGGAACGCAAAAACUGCCCCUACUACUACAGCUGUCGAGUGUGUGGUUUCCAGACGGAGCUGAACGCACAGUUUGUGAGCCACAUGUCGCUGCACGUGGAUAAGGAGCAGUGGAUGUUCUCGCUGUGCUGUAACUCCUGUGAGUACGUGGGAGUGGACGAGGCCGAGAUGAAGGCUCAUAUCAACGCUGAACACACAGGCCUAAAUUCCAGGAGUCCUCUGAGUGAGAGCAAGAGCACGUCUUCAUCCCUCUCAGCCCUCAGUGACUCCCUGAACAGCUCUGAAAGCGGAGACGUUACCCAAGGAAGCGAGGAACUCAAAAGUCUUUUGGCUCCACCCUCGUCCGCCAGCAGUCAAUCGAGUUUGGCAUCAGGAAUGGAGGAGAAGUCAGAAAAAGGCUUUGAAUGUGUGUUCUGCAACUUUGUGUGUAAGACGCGGGCCAUGUACGAGCGGCACCUGCAGAUCCACCUGAUCGCACGCAUGUUUGAGUGCGAUGUCUGCCACAAGUUCAUGAAGACACCCGAGCAGCUCCUCGAGCACAAGAAGUGCCAUACGGUCCCCGCUGGAGGGUUCAAGUGCCCUCUGUGCAUAUACUCCACCAGCAGGGCGGCGGCCAUGGAGUGCCACCUGAAGACGCACUACAAGUCGGAGCACCGCUGCCGCAUCUGCCAGGCGGCGUGGGCGAGCCGUGCCGAGCUGGAGCGGCACGCGCGCACCCACCGUCUGGGCAACCACUACCGCUGUGAGCAGUGUGGCUACCUGGCCAAGACGGCCAACAAGCUGAUAGAGCACGGACGCGUGCACACGGGCGAGCGCCCCUUCCACUGCGACCGAUGCAGCUACAGCUGCAAACGCAAGGACAACCUUAACCUGCACAAGCGGCUAAAACAUGCACCACGCCAUGCGCUUGGCUGCGCCCGCUGUCCCUUCACCACCACGCACCCGUUCGUCUACAGUCGCCACGUCCGCAAGCACCAGGCUGGGGAGGGCAGUACCCAGGAGGAGGCUCAGGCUGCUUUUACGCCACGGCCACUCAGCGCCGAUGCUAUCGAGCCCUUUUUCCUGCCUGACGGUAGCAGUAGCAGCCCGUUAAUGAGCCUGAGUGCCUCACAGGCCUUGCAGUCGGUUGCCUUGUCAGUUUCAGGUAUGCUGCCUGCCACCACGCCCUCCCCGCACUACCUCUGUGCCAAUGGAGCUUCUCCUACGUCAUCGCCAACACUGGCGGCUCACUAUAUCGAGCAGUACAGGACCUCUGACCCGGCUCAUCUCAUACCUCUCACCACACUCUUCAGCGCUCGCCGCCGCUUCACAUUCCACGCCCCCUCACCUUUCUCCAGACUCUGGCCCCGCCCAUCCUCACAGACCUCACCCUUGCACAUAUCCCCCAAACACUCCUUCCUGGCGUAUCUGGGAUUGACGGAAAGAGCAAAAACCGUCUGAGCUACCCAUCUCAUCUGAGCUACCUACCUCUACAUUUUUUUUUCUUUGUCAAUCUUCUUUCAUCUUUCCUUACUUUCACUCGGCCCUGCAGCACCUGGGCAGCAGUUAGGAGUGACCAGUUCUGCCCGUUGGCAUCAGAAGAGCACUGCUCUCAAGGAACCGAAAGAACACAGUGUUUAUUAAAGGAAAAAAGGCUGUGUGUUUAAUGCAUUUAUAUGAAAGCUGCUUUUCGUUAUUAAUCUAAUUAUACUUUUUUUUUGUCUUUUUUCUGUUCUGCAGAUUUUGAAUGACCAUGAAACAUAUAGUAGUAAUUUCCAUAGGAUUAUUGUUUUCCCUUCUAUGAGGAGGUAAAAAGAAAACAAGAAGAUGCAAAAAUUUAAGCGCUUGACUUUUUUUUUUUCUUUUUUUUUUUUCUUGUGCAUCAGUAUGUCUCUUUGCCAAGCAUCAGGUAGCAUGCUCACCUAUGUGUUACGAUUGUUUUAUAUGUCAUUUAGGGACUCAAUACAAAAUAUCCCAGGGCGUUUGCAGCACGACAAAAAGAAAAGAGGAAAAGAAAAAAAAAAAGACACAAAUUGCUUUCUUUCAAGUCUCGUUUUCAAAGCGACGCCUCAAACCAUGCACUUGAUUAUUUAUCGAACUGUAUAUAGUUUUGUACCCAUUUCUACCCACCCACUGACGUCCCACUGCCCCACAAUGCGUAUUGGCGUCAAAUGGGUUUCAGGAUUGGUGACACCAGCCCUGAAACACUGAUCUUGGCUCGUAAGCUGAAGGCGAUUUACCAGUCAUGCACAGCUGAUGGCAAAACAUUUUAAGCCUUUUUUUUUUUUUUGUAAAAGACAAGCCAUUCAGGGUGCGCCAAUGGUCCAAGCUAUCACAGCUUCCUCUAUAGGAAGACUUUACCCACCAUACGGCCCUGAAAACCGCAGCUCUUGCCAUUAACACACCACAUUGCCACAGACUGUGCCAAAAGCUACCCAAGCUCGAAAGAUGCUGAGUGACCAGUCGAGCCUUGUGCAUAGUUAUCAGGUUGUAACAUGCACAUAUAUAUUUACGAAGAUAUACAAGGCGAAAGGUUGUUGGGGGGGAAAUUCCAAGUCCCCGUCACACAAGGCCGAUUCUAUGGUGCUUUUUGGACCUUUUUUUAUUGUUUCUUUUUUGUUGUUGCUUUUUUUUUGUUUGUUUGUUUUUUGGUAAAAGAAAAAAAAAAGGAGAAACUGUUCCAAAAUGACUUGAAUGAAUGUACUUUUCGUUGGUUCAUGUUAAAGUGAUACAGAGGUAGAAAGAGUCAAGAUAUGAAAAAUAGUGGUAUAUUGGUUUUGGUGGCCUUCUGUCUCUUAACAUUUUUUUUUUCUUUUUGUUUUGGUUUUAUUUCCUACCAUUUUUAUGAGCCUUUAAAAUGUAAGAUAUUUAACUAUAUAUCCUGUUAUAUACAUAACAAACCGUUAUGAAAGUCUCAUUGGAUAAUGGCUCUUAAGUGCAAUGUGGAGGCAGCCGUCAACUUUUUAAGGAGGAUUUGCAAAAGCACGGCUUUCUCUAAAGCGGGCAAACAUGGUACUAGUAUCCUGUGUUCCCCUCUCCAUUUCUUUAUUUCCAUUUUAAUUGCACUUACCAUGUUAACACAUUUCAAGCAAAAGCACUUAAGCCCAAGAACAAAUUUCAUUUGAUGCCACUUCCACCAACCUUGUCAGACCACAGCAUUGGCAUUUAUAUAAUGCCUCAUUUGGUGUCUCUGCCAUACAGGUUGGGAGGGAAAAAUAUAUAAAUAAAUAUAUAAAGCUCUUAUUUACAGAUAUUGCCCAUGUUGGACAGUUCCAUUAAAGUGAAUCGUACAUUAGGAAUACUGUAGAUUUUCACCUGGCUGCAGAAGGACCAGGCUAAAUUUGUUAAAGCCAGUUUUGCACUGUGCUGUAAAAUUGCACUUUUCCAAACAAAUCAGUGGAUUAGAGGUGGAAAAAAUAUAUAAUCUGAAUUAGAGUCAGAAAUUAGUAAGAAAUAGCUCAGUCUUUGAUAAGCUCUUAAGUGAAUUUGGGGAACGUGUGUAAGGAAAUGCUCUAUAGUAAGGCUCCACUGCGUUUAGAGCUCAGAUCAAUUAUUAUAGUAUGUCUGUACGUCUUAUGCCUAUCAAUAUAAAUAUAAUCUAUGAAUCUCUUAAGUAGGUGACUGAAUUUUAUCUAUUAUAUUUAAAUAGAAGAUUGUAUUAUAUUAACAAAAAGAAAAAACAACAGUGGCAACAAUCUGAUUUAUUUAUUUAUACUGCUUAAUUUCAAGACUGGUGACACGGUGGCUCAGUGGUUAGCGCUGUUCCCACAACCCUCCAAGGUUGGGUGUUCAAAUCUUUCCUCCGUCCACGUCCAUACGUCUUCUCCCCGUGCUCGGUUGGUCCCCGAGCCCCGAGUUUCCUGGGAUAGGUUUUAAACCCCUCUGUCCCUACAUGAGAUCAGUGGUAUAGACGAUGGAUGGAUGGAUGGAUGGAUGGAUGGAUGAAAUUUCCCAACUAUACCAGUACUCCUACAUUAACCACCAUAGCCAUCAUUUCCAAUGGAGAACACUAUUUCAGCUGAGAUUUUCUCAAUGCAGUAAAGCGACCGAUCCACUUAACUUUAAAUGAAGUCUAUGGCCCAUCUUAUCCUGUUAUAUUCUGUAUAUGCAUAAAACGCGUUCAGGGACGCUGCAAAGAAAACUAAAGCUUGGAAGGAAGUUACGGGGACCAUUGUUGCUGCUAGUGAUGACUUAGUGCAAAACUCAUAAAAAUACUAACAAUAUAAUUUGUAAAUCAAAAGCAAACACGUUAAGACGUAUAGUUCUUUUGGGGGUUAAAAUGACCUAAUCACCCAGCAUAGCAUCCUGUUUGGUAGGAGCGAUGUUUGUUUAGAAUUUAAUUUAAUACUGAAAAAAAUUUAUGCUAAAUCAGGAAUUUAUAAAAACAUGGCACCCAGUUAUCGUGAUAAUAUUGUAUCGGCUGGUCUCUGAUGAAUCCAAUUCCAAGUCAACGUGUUGAAAGUCUGUAUAUUUUCAACCUGCCUAGAGUAAAAUGAAUAAUUAGUAUUCACCAUAAUGUCAGAUGUAAUUGUUAGCUUUUCGCGAACACCUUUGUGAACCCCAAGUUCACAAACACAUGAAGGGACUCUUAAACCCUGGAGCAUUACUCGUAGAGCUGACCCUCGCCUCAUCUCUCCCUAAUUAAGCUCAAGUCUUCUUUGUCUUUGGAGAAGAUGAACUAGAACGAAGAUGUGAAUUUUUAUGGCCAAGUUGUACACUUUUAAAUGCAGCCUUGCGUCUAACUCUUUGGGUUGGUUUAACCAACAAAGCUACCGAACACACAUCCACACUUACUUUUCUUUCACUUUGCUCAUUUUCAUCCCAUGCUAUUAACUUUUCUCUGCACACAUGCCCAGCAUGCAGACAAAGUGUGAUGCCUCGCAUCAAGCCGAGCUUCUGAUCGUUACCGAGGCUCCAGCUCGAUGCGUUCUUUUAUGCUCUAGUGCCACUUGGUGGAAAAGACAUGGCCUGGAAGGCCCUAGAAUGAGUCAGACUGAUUCUCUUGACCCAUUCAGAUCAAAAAUCAGUUGGAUGAGAUCCUAUUGGUUUCGAUAUACCACGUAAUCAUUUUGUAAAAGAUGAUAGCGGCUGCAGCUCGGUCCUGUCUGAUUAUGCGGGCAGGAAACGGAGGAUAGAAAUUCCUCCCUGUGCUGACGCCAGUACUCAAGCACUUAUUCUUGCGUUUCUUUUGCCUAAAUGCAAAGGGGGACGGCUUUUUCUGUGUCUGUACGUUUUUUUUGUUUUGUUUCUUCAACAUCAUUGUGCAUUACACGAGACUACCUUUAUAGCCCUACAAAAGAUGCAUGAAAUCGAUCGCUCUUUUCUAACUUGUAGCACUUAUGUUCUUUCUUCGUUAAAAAAAAUUUAAUGAAUAAAUAAAAAUACUGUUUGCAUUUACCUUGAUAUUUUCUUUUCCAGCACAUUUUUUUUUUCGCUUUGCAUUUGUUGUUGUAUUUUAUGACUCAAUAAGGCUCAAUGAUCUUUUUUUGUUUGUUUGUUUAUUUUUGGCACUCAGUAAAAUGAUAUGCUGUAAAAUAAAGCUUUUUUAUUACUUCAUUCCUAAGGCUGUACAGGGUUGUUUGUGACAAUAACUGGUAAUUAGACCAUUUGUACCUUCAUUUUUGUUUUGUAUAUAUUUUUAUUUCUCCUCAGUUUGGCAUUUCUUAUGUUCCGAUUGCCAGUUCUAAAUGUAACAAGAUUUGAAAGUAAAGCUUACAUCAGAUA